AGCUAUAAGGUACUUCACCUUGUUCCAGACUCUGGUUACUUUAUUAAAAACCCCUUCAUGGGGUUUUUAUUAUAAGGUAAUAAAUUGCUGUUUUACUGAACCCUUGGUGUGGUUAUUUACUUAAUUUUUGACCCCCUACAACAUUUGGAGCCCGAUAAGGGACUACAACAGUUGAAACCUAACAAGGUGUACAACAUUUGGAGUCCGAUAAGAUGUAAUAGUAAUGGUUUAUGGUAUAUGGAAAAAAAACAGUAAUGGUGUGAAUUGAAUUUUCUCAACAGUGAGCUCACACGCGUGCGCGUUCGCGAAAUCUCCUGAAGGAUCGUAUGUGGUAGUGCAGUGACAUUAACUUUAUUUGUGUGUUUUUAUUUCUGUGUUUCAUAUUUGGAUCAUUAUGAGGAUAUCUAUAUAAGAUGAGCAGAAAACAAACAUGACAAAAUUUCCAAGGUAUCGACGGCGGUAUAAAAAGGUGUUGGUUCUAUUGGGAAUUUUAAACUUAGUUUUCUUUGUUACGGCUCAGUUCGUCACAAUAUGGAAACAACCAUACUUUGCUAACAUUACAACGGAAUGGAAUUGGAAUUCGAAAACAAAUGAAAACCCGAGAACGGAACAUAAAUAUUUCAUUAAGGUUCGUGGAGAAGAUAGUUACUUUCUAUCAGCUAUAGCAGGUCCUGACACAGAAUCUCCUAAUCAGUUAAACAUCGUUUUAUCAGGAUUGGAUGGUACGAGAGGAUAUGGUAAAUUUGUAUGUUGUGUUUCACGAUCCGAUGGAUCUAUGCUAACAACUCCUGCUGAAUUUUAUCAUAAACAUGCCCAUCGUCAGUUUCUUCCUGCAAUUACACAGCUAUUUUAUCAAGCCGACUAUGAUGCCACUCAAUACGUGUGUAACGUUCAACAAACUGGCGAGGGAGUUAAAUAUGUAAAUAUAAGUCUAACCGCAGCCGCCUGUAGUGAUAAUGCAGUGGAUUAUUUACCUAUUAAACAUCAAAAGCAAGUGAAGCAAGGUCUAGCUAUCUGUGCGAAAGUAGCUUAUGGACAUCUAUUAAAGCCAUCUAGAUUAAUUGAGUGGUUUGAGAUGCAGAAGAUGUUAGGUGUAGAUAAAAUACUAGUAUUCGAUUUAGCUUGUGGUGACGAUAUUAAAACAGUAUUUAGACAUUAUGUGGAUGAAGGUUUAUUAGAAGUACAACCCUAUUCCUUACCUGGAAAAAUGCCAGGAUCGGUACAACGAGGUUUUGUUAACCGGGUUUACCCCCAGGUUUCCCACGAUGAAGCUUUGACUAUACUAGACUGUCACCAGAGAUUGGGAGGUUACCAGUAUUUGAUGGCUGCUGACUUUGAUGAAAUUACUAUACCAAAACAUUUCUUAACUUUAAAACAACUGCUAAAAGUAAAGUAUCAUAUUUCGCAUAAAUCUACAUUAUUAUCCCUUGUCUCUUAAAAAGGUGCAUGGUUGACUGUUAAAAUGGGUUCGUGUGCCUGUCACAACUUUUUGACCACAAUAACCUGACAUUUCUGAUUUGCAUACUACGUUCAAAGUUAAUGUAGAUGUUCAUCAGGUGAUUGUCUGGUUGGAGUUCGAUGAUGAGCAUUUUCUGCUAUAGGCAGUUUGAUUUGCCGAUGCUUUAGGACAUGCCUACUUUGAAUCUAAUUAAAGUUACAAUUUCAUAUUUUCUAAGAAAGUCAAAACAUAAUUAUUUCUGUGUCUUUUGCUCAAUAGGUUGUCAACUCCCUAUUAUACGAUCAUAUGUUAUAUUCCCCACCAUGGAAUAGCUAUCUUCAAACGUUUGAAUUUGAAGUUGAAAAUGAUAUUUUGCCAAUUUCUCAACUGGCAAUAGUGAAUUAUAGGAUUAUUCUUUAACAAGGUAGGACUGUUUAUAGAUACCAUCUAUUUUAGGGCUUUAUUUUAAUACAUUUUAAAAAUAUAACUUAAAGAUAUGAAAUUGUAACCUUAAGUGAUGGUGAUGACUCAUGGGUUUGUUCCCACUUUGCCAGCAGGUAUUGUUCUCAGAUAUCUUAGGAGGGAACAAUUGGGUUCUAGUCUAUAUCUUAUUAACAAUUAUUUUAUUGGCAAAAUCUACAUAUUCAACUUUAUAAAAAUCAACAAAAAUAUCUAAAAUCCGACUAGAUAGGAAAUGGCAUGUGCAUAUUCUAAUAAGUUCUUGUCACCAGCUAAUAAUCUUCUUUCUUCUUCCUAUAUUUUUCUAUCUCACUGAAUAUAUUUUCUUUUCUUUGGUAUUGACAAACCACCAUUUCCAAGUGGUAAAAUCUGUCCUGUGUAAUUCUGUUCUGAUUUUAGUACUUCCAUAAAACUGUAAGUAUGUGCUUUACGGAUACUUUGUUUAAUUUUGAAUGCCAUCCCUCGAAAUUGUUGGUUAUUCUUGGGUCAUCAAUAUAAAAAUGGUUCCAUAUCCUUAAGGAUACAAUCAAAUUCUAAAGGGCUGCAUUCUGUGCGUAUUCAACAAAUUGGCCCUCUCUUUCAUUAUUAGUGCUAGGGUUAUGGCCCUUGGUCACUUUGAAAUAUCUUGUGGACGCUCUUUAUACACAGUGUUUAAGGCCAUGAAGUGAAGAAGCCUGUCAAUUUUCAAUGAUUUCCAAUGAUUAUGAAAAUUGAUAUUAAAUGUUUUCUAUGCUGAAUAUUAGAAUAGGGCAGAACUAGAAGCCAAAUGGGUUGUUACUUGUAAUCGGGUUUGAUCGUGUUGUAAAUGUUUUCAUUUCUGACAAAAAAAAAAAAAAAAAAAAAAAUAUGCGACUGCGACAACCCUUGUUGACACCCGGACGACUUAGCUGCUGUGUGCUUAUGUUUCGUCGCCUGGCAACUUAUUUUUGACUCAUAUCAAUGCUUAGCAAAUAUUCUAGAGAAUUUGAAUAAUUAAGGCUAUUGUAUACUCGCAAUCUAGUUGCUCAUAUCUACAAUCAUUGUUGUAUUUAUCUGAUACCCAUGGCUACUCACCUUGUUGCUGUUAUUGUAGCACAACUUGUUAUACUUAUUCCUUGAGUAUUUGCGAAUAGAUUAGCGAUCAUGGAUUUUUGACAUGACGUUCCCUUUCCAUAGUACAGCAGUAUAAGAAUACCCUGCAAACUUUAUGAAAUCGUCUUCAAGUUUUGUGUUGACAAUAAUUAAGCUGUUGUCACGUGACUUUCUCAUUCUCAUUUCAGAAUUUAACUAGUGAAAAUCCUACAGCUGCGGGAUUUUACUUCUAUGUUCAGUUCCAUUUAGAGAAUUGGGGUAGAUACAGAAAUGAUACGGAUAUAUUCUUUCAACAACAUUUAAGAUCUGCCAAACCGAGAUGGGAAUGUGAGAAAUACAUUUAUCUCCCGUCCAGAGUUGUUACCGCUAUUUUUCAUUCUUUUACACCAGUUAGUUCUUUUACUUAUAUAUACGUGAAACCCGAAGUAGCUGCAAUACACCAUUAUAGACAAUGCCCUCAAGGCUGGACAAACUGCUACCCAGAAAUUAUUGUAGAUAAACAGGUUAUGAAAUAUGAAAAAUUACACACUAAAAAUACUCAUGAGGUUUUAAAAAAGUUGAAUAUGAAAUCUUAUGAUAGUCUCGUAUAAACAGCCUUCAUAUUAUUGAUCAUAUUUUAAUCAUUUGAAACCAAAACAAUUUACAAAUUUGAGUAAUUCUUAAAGCCCCGGUGCGCCAGACAGCUGAAGAUAUAAUUACAUAUUAUAUUUAUACUGUGAUGUAAGGUUAUUAUAAUUUAUUAUACAUAAUAUUCAUAUUUUAUAUGUUCACAUAUAUCUGUGUGUUUAAUUUUAAAGUGUAUGGCCUAUUUGAUUUGGGUAAAACAUGGCGUUUAAAAUUAAUUUGAUUUGUUAAUUUCUUUUUUGAAAGUCUGAAACGAAAAUAAAUUUAGUAGACAAAGAUUCGAUGGAAAAAGAGUUUCAUCCUUAAUUGAUAUAACACUUUGGAUUAACCCAGUUCAAUACUUUAGUUUGACGGGAUUAACCCCCUUUAACAUGUGUUACUAAUAUGACUAGACAUUCCUAGUUAAUUGGGUAAAACUUUGUUUAUUUCAAUCAAAGGGAGAUAAACAGGUUUAAUUUAUGGAUAGUUGCAUAUCAAUAAGAUAAAAAGUUACCCAGGUACUUGCAAACUGAAUUAACCAGACGAAAGAUGCAUUAUGUAAGAUUUAGAUAAAGAACUGAUCAUUCUUGCUGUUUUAAUUCAAAAAUAGAUAAUGCAAAAUGAAUAUAUUGAAAAUGUCAUUCAAAUUACUUUAUUCUGAGCAAAGUUACCAUAGUUUGAAAUUUUGACAAGAUGUGACAUAGAUUGUUUAUAUCAAACAACGGUACUUCCUCUACUUGCCAUUUUUAAAUUAAAUCAUUAAAUGGCGACCGUGUUUUAUUUCGUUAAAAUUUUGGCCAUCCGAUGGUGAGGAGAAUUGAUUAUAGGCUUGUCAUGUGAAUAAAUAUGUAAAUAAUAGUUUAUAUAACAUUUGAUGUCAAAAGAUAAACAGGCUGUAGGCAUAUUUUAGCUCUUGCAUAAUUCAUCUUUACCAAGAGACUUUCAGUCCAAAUUAACCAGUGUUUUUUAACUAAUAUAUUUCUGCAACCGUUCCUUUAAACAAACUUGUCAGAAAAUGAUUAUUCGUCGCUGAUGUUCUUGGCCAACAAAAAACCUUGGUGUGUGUAGGCCUUUAUCGUUGUUUCAUUUUUAUUACUUGUUUAUAUUAAAAAUGUCUUAAUAUGCAUGAGUCAAAUCUGCCUAUUGUAGGUCUUUCUUUAUGCCAUAAGCGUUAUCUCAAUUAUUAACUAGACAUUAAUGAAUUUACCAAGACCAUAAUCAACCCUUGAUACUCAACAGAUUUUAAAAAGAUUUGAGGUCAAGAACUUUACGUAAAAAUGGAUGAUGUAGCAAUGACAAUUGAUGCUACACUGUUCUUGUAACGACAAUAACUCGGCUCAGAAUGAAGUAAUUUGACUGAAAUUUUCAACAUAUUUCCUUUUCAUUAUCUAUUCAUGUAUUUUAACUAUUAUAUUGACAACUGUUAGCUCUUUAUCUAAUCAUACAUAACGUCCCUUUAAUAAUACUAUUCAAUCCCAUUUAUAAAUCCUGCCUAUUGUUGCCUAAAUAUUGUAUUAAUUUGUAGUGUGAGCAAAGUUUUUAUGCUCUGUUUUGCUUAAUUAAUUUUUUGAUAACGGCCUUAUGGGGAAAUAGUGUAAAUAUUUUGUUUACUUUCAAGAAGUUGGUUAUUUAGGACAUACUUUAUCAUGACAUUGUUUGAGAUGGGUGUGUAAUAUUUUUUAUUUAUUUCACAUUCAUUUAGAGUUUUAUAAAAAUGUUAUUUUUCUAACCAUUUUAUAAUUUUUGAAGUUUUUAUAAAAGACGUUAUAA